AUGAGCUUCCACGAAUCAUCAGUCAGCUUCGAGCUUGAGGAUGACCAUAUCCUCAAAGCAACACUUCGCACGGAUGAUGAAGAGGAGCAAGAGUCUGUCCUAGACUUGAAUAGCAUAAUUGGCAACGAUAACGGUCAUUUCUGUUGGGGUGGUGUGAACUUCCAAGACUCUGCCUCCAGCAUUGAGCUCAACACCGAGGGAGAGGAUGAUAUCCCUGUUCUUCGAGCCAAAUUGAUUUCCAUGGAGGGAGAAGAAAUCGAAGCGGAUAUCAAUCUGGCAGAGCGGAUCUCAAAUGACAACGGAAAUCUAGUUUUUUUGUCUGAGUAG